UUGGACGAGUCACAGUCCAACAAGCACCUUUACCUGGAAAAGGAUAGUCUUCAAAAAUAUGCUCUGACUUUGGACGUGGUUUCUUUCAACUCGACAAGGUCUGCCUGUUUCACAAAAUCUUAUGGCAGCUACAUGACUGGAUGCGGAUCGUAUUUCUGCGAUAGGCUCGAUCUUAUGGACGGUAACCGCAUCAGUGCGGAUGCUCUCGCUGACGGAGAAGUUUUGGAAGAGGUUGUUCGUCUGUUUUCUCCUAGAGAAGUUGCCAACCUGAUGUGCUUUCCAGUGGAAUUCAAGGCACCUCCUGGUGCUACAGAUAAGCAGAUGUAUCGUUGUCUGGGGAAUUCUGUGAACGUUCGUGUAGUAGCUGCUCUUUUAACUAAGCUGCUACAUAGCUAA